CGGACGGCCAGAGGGGCGCCGGGAUUCGGUCCACUCUUCUGCUCUGUAACUGGCUCCUGCAAGGGUGUCUCGACCUCCAACUCUGGAACCUACCGGCGUGUUUGUGGUCUGUGGUCUAGUGCCUGCUUUUCAUCAAUCCCAGACUCUCCGCCUGCGACGACCCUAUCCCAAUCAAUUCCGCGUCUCAGUCGGCCCUGUAUUCUGUGGGAACCUGACAGCUGCCAAGAAAAUCUAGUUGCAGCAUGGCUAUCGGGGAGUGAACCUUUCAUUUAUCCUGGUUCGAAACCGUUCGGUCUGAGCUCUGGGCGGAGACUUGAUAGAACGGCGACCAUGGCUAGCAUUAUAUAAAGGCGCUGGAUUCACGUCUUGCUUCGACCUUUCUUCCUUUCCUCCUCAUCAGCUUCUCAUUCAUUUCUUUCCCGGGGUCUUAGAACCAUCCAUUCUCUUACUUUCCUUUCCUGGCUUCAUUGAUUGAAGACCGUUUGCUUCGUCACUCUUUCUUUCCCAACCGAUCCCUCUUACCCACGAUCACGCUGUGCGUUGAUUAACCCAAAGCCUGCAAGAUGUCUGUCGCUAAGAUUGCUGGUGUCGUCCUCGGCUCGGCCGCCCUUGUUGCUGGCCACGGUUAUGUGUCUGGUGCUGUCAUCGACGGCGAGUACUACGGAGGAUACAUCGUCUCCUCCUACCCCUAUGAGAGUGACCCUCCGGAGACCAUUGCCUGGUCUACCACAGCCACUGACCUUGGCUUCGUCGACGGCUCUGAAUACUCGGACCCUGACAUCAUCUGCCACAAGAGCGCUAAGCCUGGUGCUAUCUCCGCUGACGUCAAGGCCGGUGGUACUGUUGAGCUUCAGUGGACUGACUGGCCUUCCAGCCACCACGGUCCCGUCCUGACUUACCUUGCCAACUGCAACGGUGACUGCUCCGAUGUCACCAAGACUGACCUUGAGUUCUUCAAGAUCGACGAGAGCGGCCUCAUUAGCGACACUGAAGUCCCCGGAACCUGGGCCACUGACAACUUGAUCUCCAACAACAACAGCUGGACUGUGACCAUUCCCUCGACCCUCGAGGCUGGUAACUACGUCCUGCGCCACGAGAUCAUUGCCCUGCACUCCGCUGAGAACAAGGAUGGCGCCCAGAACUACCCCCAGUGUCUCAACCUGAAGGUUACCGGCAGUGGUAGCUCCACCUACUCCGGCACCAAGGGUGAAGCCCUCUACAAGGACACCGACCCGGGUAUCCUGGUCAACAUCUACGAGACCCUGAGCUCCUACGACAUCCCCGGUCCUGCUAUGUACAACGCCACUUCCUCCAGCAGCUCUUCUGGCAGCUCCUCCGGUGCCUCUUCUACCAGCUCCGCUGCCGCUGCCGCCGCCACUACUUCCAGUGCCUCGACUUCCAGCGCUUCCACCCCCACCACCAGCGCUGCCGCUGCGACUAGCUCCGCCGUAAGCGCCACCACCACUGCUGCUGCUGCCGUUGUCACCGACGUUGAAACCACCGUUCAGACUGCGGUCGCCACUGCUUACCAGACUUCGACUGACGUUGUGCAGGUCACUGUCACUGGCAGCGCCCCCCAGCAGACCCACAUCCAGGUCGCCAGCUCCAGCGCCGCUGCUUCCACCCCCAGCAGCUCCAGUGUCGCCGUCUCCAGCGACAACCUCACCAGCUACUUCAGCUCUCUGAGCGCCGACCAGUUCCUCAGCGUCCUGAAGGAGACCUUCUCUUGGCUGGUCACUGAGAAGAAGCACGCCCGUGACCUCAACGCCUAAGCGCCCAGCCAGACGUGGAAGUUCGGAUCAUAUAGACAUUCCUUCUUGUUUCUAUCUGACGGCUACACGAGCAGCCGUCUGAUGCUCUUUUCGCUCCGGAUCGGGUAUCCACUUAUGUACCUAUAAAAAAUCAAUAUUGAAGCUGAG